AUGGCUUUGAAGGCAAAUGUCUCCCGACCAUUGUGCAGUGAUAUAUACCAGGAUAGUUCUGAACUAGGAGCUAACGUGAUCCUACAUGUGUUAUUGAACGUUGCUGGAAUAGUCUGUAAUAUAUGCCUCUUGUUAUCUUUUUCUGGAAGGUCUAAGCUUUGUACAGCUAGCUUCACUUAUAUAAGAAUCUUGGGUAUCGCACAAUUUCUAUUCUUCAUUCUACCUUUCCCUCUUAAACUUCUGACGGAACAUUACCAGCGUGGUCAAACUUGGUUUGCCACUAACUUCUUACCUCUCGUGCUUGGAUUAUUUCACUUCAUGAUUACUUGUAACGCGUUUUGUUUAUCUGUUCGUUUACAACUUCUUAUUAAUUAUGUUAGGCGCUGUCGACGUUGGAGUGCUCAAGGAUGGGUGGCUUGGAGAAAAACAUGUUGGGUUGUUCCUUUCGGAAUCAUAACGAAUGUCUCUUUGUGUUUUGAAUAUAGUUUGGAUUACCAAAUAUGUUUAACUGCAUAUGGACAAGCGGCGAUAGGGCAGCUCCGAUUAUCUGAUGCUGUUAAAGGAGACAAUAUGAAACUCGAAUUCAUUAGAGCGACCCCUACAAUGAUUUUUUGGCUUACAAUGCUUUUUACUUUAACCUUCCUUUCGUCUGAGCGUUGUAUUCUGCCAAAGUUGGGAUCUCCGUACGCCGCGAAACACAUACCGCUGCUCUCUAAUCUCAGAACCAUUUUGUUUUCUAUAAUUCUUGCCCAUUCAAUAGUUCAUCUCAGUUACACAAUAACCUUAUUGAAGGGAGAGAGACUUGACGACUCAACAAAAUUAACAUUAUUCGCUAUCUCCUAUUCGUUGCCAUUCCCUUUAAUUUUUCUAAUAAGCAAAACAUUUCGUUCUCAUGUUUUUCAUAUACUAACCAACAUUUGCCAUACAUCGAACUUCAGAAGGAAUCGUACCAGGAAAGAUUCCACAAUAAGACGAGUAACAAAUCACAUAGCUAGAAGCGUAGCCUACAGCAAGUUGGAAAUGGAGAAUUCUGAGCUAGAUGAUCGAUUCUUAGAGCAUAGUUUUCGUUCAGUACUAAAAGAAGAUGCCAUUUAUAGAAUAAGGUUUGCUCUUCCACAAACAGUAGAAGUGAUUGAAGAGGAGGAUGAAAGCUUCGAACGACGGCUGGAUCUCCAUCACCACUCCGAUGAGAAUCUAGAUAUCGAAAGUGCAGAAUAUUUACAACGAAUUCAAAUAACUCAAACUGAGGCUGACAAUUCAAUAGAAUACAAGUGA